CCUAUUUUUCUAUUUGAAAUAUGGCUCACUCUGAUAAUAUCAAUUUCAACUCAUCAAAAAUAGACAAUUCCCAGUUAGAAGACAAUACUUCAAUUGAUCAAUCGAACAGUAGCUCAGCAACAGUUACAACAACAGUCAAAUGCAGUUCAAAAGUAAAUGAUUUUGUAAUGUUACUAAAACAUGGCUAUGUGCUUUUUAACAAAAAGUUAGGCGAAGGAACGUAUUCAAAGGUCAAACACGCAUAUUCUAAAAAGCAAAACCGAGACAUUGCUAUUAAAAUUAUCAACAGAAAAAUUGCCCCGAAAGAGUUUUUAAAACGCUUUUUACCUCGGGAGUUGGAAAUCAUUGGCAACAUUGAACAUCCGAAUAUUUGCAAAUGUUUUGAAGUGCUUGAUGCUGGUUGCAAAGUAUAUUUGUGUCUGGAAUUUGCGCAAGGAGGAGAUUUGUUGGAAUACAUUAAAAAGCAUAAGAUAAUGUCAGAAAGCGUAGCUAAAGUUUUUUUUUCUCAGGUGCUUGAUGCUAUACUUUAUCUCCACAGUAAAAACAUUUUGCAUCGCGAUUUAAAAUGUGAAAAUAUACUUAUUGGAGAUAAACUAAAACCCCUUCUAGCAGACUUUGGAUUUGCAAAGUACGUUAAAAACAAUGAUCUAAGUAGGACGUUUUGUGGAAGCUCUGCAUACGCCUCAAUUGAAAUUCUUAAAGGAAUUGCAUAUGAUGGGAAAUGUGCUGAAGUGUGGAGCUUAGGAUGUAUUCUUUACAUUAUAACAACAGGUAACAUGCCUUUUAAUGAUUUUGAUAAAGUUAAACAAAUCAAACAAAUGGAACGUGGUCCAGCGUACCGUAACUUGCAACAACCUAUAUCAAAUACACUUCGUCAGUUAAUAUCACGUAUGUUAGACAUUGAUCCGAAAACUCGAGUUACCUUAAAAGAAAUUGGAAAACUAAGUUGGAUGAAAGAAUAA